GUCCACCGGCCAGAGCCGGGCUGGCUAGAAGAGCGGAGCCCAGGGCUCCAGCUUGGAAGCCACAAACCCACAAGCAGGGCCACCUGCUGAGAUCCCUGCUGGCCCCAUAAGCUUGCUGGGAGCGAGGAGGCGCUUGGUCUCCUCUCCCUUCUUCCCUGGUUCUGCGAGUCCCAACAGGGCACACGAUGCCGCCGUCGUUGUUGGCUAACAGGGUCUCCCUCCGGGAGCUAGCCGACCUGGCAAUUGGCACCCCAGAGGUGGGCGCAGUGAACUUUACGGCCCUGCACACUCUGAUCGUGGCCAUUCUCAAGAGCCUCAACCUCCAAGAGGUACUUAUCGACUUCCACUACCCAUCGACUGAGUCGGGCCGUUCAGUCGAGUUGAGCCACAGCGCCCCGCAUGUGUCAACCAGCAAAGAGAAGCGCCGGAGUCUGCCUAAGCUGACACAAACUCCGCAAGAGCUGGAAUGUCAGGUGAAGGACUUGGGUAGCCAGGUACUGGACCUCACCAAACAGCUUAAAACUAUGGACGACAAAAUGCAGGGCAUGGCCACACAAAUAGAUCACAUCUCCAUAAUCCCCGAGCUCCAGCGGGAGUUGUCUAGGUCAGGAGAGGAGAUGGCUGUGAUGACUCAGCAGAUGUCCAUGACAAAGUUCUCCAAGAUCUACGAAUCUCAGGAGAUGAUGGAGAAACCUGAGCCCACAGCCGAGACGAUCACCCAGGGAGUACAAGCAAAGCUCUCAGGGACUCUCAGCCUGACCAAGAUCACCGAUGUGCUCCAAGACCUCACAGAAGACGUGAAAAUUCUGAAGCAAGCACCUGAGCUGCAGGAUCUCCUUCAACGUGUUCAUGAACUGGAGAAGCUAGUUAAAAGCCGAGACGAAUACCUGGAUCAAUUAAGUCGGAGGCUGACUCUUGCUCCGGGUGAGGAAGAAAUCACUAUGGUCACUUGGGAAGAGCUAGAACAAGUGAUCAGUGACGGCUGGAGAGCCUCCAAAGGGAGCUCAGAAUCAUCCACAGCAACCAUCGGCAAGCACAAAUUCACAUCGAGUGACUUCCUUCCAAGCGGAAUGUUCUCCAGGGCGGCUGACCAGACCCUGGAAUCCACUGGAGGCCCAGCACAUAUCGGUGGCGUAGGACCCGACAUGGCCUUCAGCAGAGAUCAGAGUCGGUCUACGCUCACCUUUCGGGAUAUGGCCCGUGAGUCAUUCCAGGUCUCAUCCGAGACAGAUAGCCAGAUGCACGCAAGAAGAGAUGAGCAACUCCCUGGCCAGACGCAACAGGACAGAUAUCAACGUGGUGGGAUGCCCGGGAUGGAACCACUUGGCAUGGAUCAAGCUGGAUCGACGCACCCUGUGGUGCCCCUCACUAUGGGUCAGCUUGGUGUGAUGCCCCCAGAAAUGCAUGACCAGAGAGCGGAACCUCCUUACCAAGUUCAGAGUGGUGUGCAGCCAUCAGGAGCUGACAGGGAACCGGAAACACUGAGUCCAGCCCAGCUUGGUACAGCUCUUCCACUUAGUGCACCUCAGCAAGGCAUGAUGCUUCCUGGACCUGACCAACAGGGCAUGGAACAGGCUGCUGUGUAUGGCAGUGGUCAGGGCCCGUGGGCCACGGCUCAGCAAGGGUUGACACCAGUUAGCAUAGAUCUGCAGGGUUUGCCGAUACAAGGAACAGGUCAGCAAGGACCGAUCGCCCAUCAGGUAGAUGGGCAGGGAUUGGUAAUGCCUGGCCAGGAUCAGCGUGCAGUCCCUCCAUCUCUUCCGGAUCAACGUAGAUUGGCGUCACUUGGUUUGACGCAAAAGAGUACAGAUCAGCAAGAUUUUAGGCAGUCGAGCUUGGCGUCGCGCUUUGUACAACCUGGUUCAGAGCAGCCUGGGGUAGAGCAGCGUGAUGUGGAGCGGCCUGGUUUAGAUCGGCGAAGUUCAAUGCCCGUGAGGACAGAACGGCGAACUUCCUUGCAGACUGCUGCAGAUAGGCGUCUUUCAGUGCCCAUUGAGGCAGAACGGCUGAGCCUGGCACAGUCUAGGGCAGGCCAGGAAGAUUCUGUACAGCCUGAGGCAGGUAGGAGGGGUUUAGGACAGCCAGGGGUUGAUCAGAGGAGUGCCCCAGAUCAACGCGGUUUGGUACAACAACCUAGCACAGAUUGGGGUGGUUUGGUACAGCCUGGCACAGACCAACAGUUGGUGCCUCCUGGUGCAGGUCAGCCUGGCUUGAUUCAACUUGGUUCGUUUCCAGCUAGUUUGGCACAACUUGGUGCAGGCCAGCAAGGUCCAAUUCAACUGGAUGCAGGGCAGCCUGUUUGGGUUCAACCAAGCAUAGAUCAGAGUGGCUGGGUACAGCCUGGUGUAGAUCAACACAGUUUGGUACAACAGGAGCUGGGACAACCCGACGCAGUUCAGCUCGGACUGGUACAGCCAGGUGCAUAUGCACCUGGGUUGAUGCAAGCUGGUGCAGGUCAGCAUGGUUUGGUUCAAACUGGGAUGGAUCAGCGUGACCUGGUACAGCCUGGUACAGACUGGAGUUCGGUGCAGCCUGGUGUAGAUCAGCCUGGCAUGGCACAACCUCGUGUAGUUCAGACUGGCAUGGCACAACCAGGUGCAGUUCAGCCUGGCAUGGCACAACCUCGUGCAGUUCGGUCUGGCAUAGCCCAACCAGGUGCAGUUCAGCCUGGCAUGGAACAACCAGGUGCAGUUCAGCCUGGCAUGGCACAACCAGGUGCAGUUCAGCCUGGCAUGGCACAACCAGGUGCAGUUCAGCCUGGCAUGGCACAACCAGGUGCAGUUCAGCUUGGCACAGCCCAACCAGGUGCAGUUCAGCCUGGCAUGGCACAACCAGGUGCAGUUCAGCCUGGCAUGGCACAACCUCGUGCAGUUCGAUCUGUCAUAGCCCAACCAGGUGCAGUUCAGCCUGGCAUGGCACAACCAGGUGCAGUUCAGCCUGGCAUGGCACAACCAGGUGCAGUUCAGCCUGGCAUGGCACAACCAGGUGCAGUUCAGCCUGGCAUGGCACAACCAGGUGCAGUUCAGCCUGGCAUGGCACAACCAGGUGUAGUUCAGCCUGGCAUGGCACAACUUCGUGCAGUUCGGUCUGGCAUAGCCCAACCAGGUGCAGUUCAGCCUGGCAUGGCACAACCAGGUGCAGUUCAGCCUGGCAUGGCACAAGCAGGUGCAGUUCAGCCUGGCAUGGCACAAGCAGGUGCAGUUCAGCCUGGCAUGGCACAACCAGGUGUAGUUCAGCCUGGCAUGGCACAACCAGGUGCAGUCCAGCCUGGCAUGGCACAACCAGGUGCAGUUCAGCCUGGCAUGGCACAACUUCGUGCAGUUCGGUCUGGCAUAGCCCAACCAGGUGCAGUUCAGCCUGGCAUGGCACAACCAGGUGCAGUCCAGCCUGGCAUGGCACAACCAGGUGCAGUUCAGCCUGGCAUGGCACAACCAGGUGCAGUUCAGCCUGGCAUGGCACAACCAGGUGCAGUUCAGCCUGGCAUGGCACAACCAGGUGCAGUUCAGCCUGGCAUGGCACAACUUCGUGCAGUUCGGUCUGGCAUAGCCCAACCAGGUGCAGUUCAGCCUGGCAUGGCACAACCAGGUGCAGUUCAGCCUGGCAUGGCACAACCAGGUGCAGUUCAGCCUGGCAUGGCACAGCUUCAUGCAGUUCAGCCUGGCAUAGCCCAACCAGGUGCAAUUCAGCCUGGCAUGGCACAACCAGGUGCAGUUCAGCCUGGCAUGGCACAACCAGGUGCAAUUCAGCCUGGCAUGGCACAACCAGGUGCAGUUCAGCCUGGCAUGGCACAACCAGGUGCAGUUCAGCCUGGCAUGGCACAACCAGGUGCAAUUCAGCCUGGCAUGGCACAACUUCGUGCAGUUCGAUCUGGCAUAGGCCAACCAGGUGCAGUUCAGCCUGGCAUGGCACAACCAGGUGCAGUUCAGCCUGGCAUGGCACAACCAGGUGCAAUUCAGCCUGGCAUGGCACAACCUCGUGUAGUUCAGCCUGGCAUGGCACAGCUUCAUGUAGUUCAGUCUGGCAUAGCCCAACCAGGUACAGUUCAGCCUGGCAUGGCACAAGCAAGUGCAGUCCAGCCUGGCAUGGCACAAGCAGGUGCAGUUCAGCCUGGCAUGGCACAACCAGGUGCAGUUCAGCCUGGCAUGGCACAACCAGGUGUAGUUCAGCCUGGCAUGGCACAACCAGGUGCAGUUCAGCCUGGUAUGGCACAACCAGGUGCAGUUCAGCCUGGCAUGGCACAACCAGGUGCAGUUCAGCCUGGCAUGGCACAACUUCGUGCAGUUCGGUCUGGCAUAGCCCAACCAGGUGCUGUUCAGCCUGGCAUGGCACAAGCAGGUGCAGUUCAGCCUGGCAUGGCACAAGCAGGUGCAGUUCAGCCUGGCAUGGCACAACCAGGUGCAGUUCAGCCUAGCAUGGCACAAGCAGGUGCAGUUCAGCCUGGCAUGGCACAAGCAGGUGCAGUUCAGCCUGGCAUGGCACAAGCAGGUGCAGUUCAACCUGGCAUGGCACAACCAGGUGCAGUCCAGCCUGGCAUGGCACAGCUUCAUGCAGUUCAGCCUGGCAUAGCCCAACCAGGUGCAGUCCAGCCUGGCAUGGCACAAGCAGAUGCAGUUCAGCCUGGCAUGGCACAAGCAGAUGCAGUUCAGCCUGGCAUGGCACAAGCAGGUGUAGUUCAGCCUGGCAUGGCACAACCAGGUGCAGUUCAGCCUGGCAUGGCACAACCAGGUGCAGUCCAGCCUGGCAUGGCCCAGCCAGGUGCAGUCCAGCCUGGCAUGGCACAACCUCGUGUAGUUCAGCCUGGCAUGGCACAGCUUCAUGUAGUUCAGUCUGGCAUAGCCCAACCAGGUGCAGUUCAGCCUGGCAUGGCACAAGCAGGUGCAGUCCAGCCUGGCAUGGCACAAGCAGGUGCAGUCCAGCCUGGCAUGGUACAACCAGGUGCAGUCCAGCCUGGCAUGGCACAACCAGGUGCAGUCCAGCCUGGCUUGGCACAACCAGGUGCAGUCCAGCCUGGCAUGGCACAACCAGGUGCAGUCCAGCCUGGCAUGGCACAACCAGGUGCAGUCCAGCCUGGCAUGGCACAACCUCGUGUAGUUCAGCCUGGCAUGGCACAACCAGGUGCAGUUCAGCCUGGCAUGGCACAAGCAGGUGCAGUCCAGCCUGGCAUGGCACAACCAGGUGCAGUCCAGCCUGGCAUGGCACAACCAGGUGCAGUCCAGCCUGGCAUGGCACAACCAGGUGCAGUCCAGCCUGGCAUGGCACAACCAGGUGCAGUCCAGCCUGGCAUGGCCCAACCAGGUGCAGUUCAGCCUGGCAUGGCACAACCUCGUGUAGUUCAGCCUGGCAUGGCACAGCUUCAUGUAGUUCAGUCUGGCAUAGGCCAACCAGGUGCAGUUCAGCCUGGCAUGGCACAAGCAGGUGCAGUUCAGCCUGGCAUAGCCCAACCAGGUGCAGUCCAGCCUGGCAUGGCACAACCAGGUGCAGUCCAGCCUGACAUGGCACAACCAGGUGUAAUUCAGCCUGGCAUGGCACAACCAGGUGUAGUUCAGCCUGCUGUGUUGCAACCAGGUAUAGAUCAGCAUGGCCUGGUGCAGACUGGUGCACUUCCUAGUGGUUGGGGGCAGCCUGGUGCAUAUUCACCUGGCUUGGUCCAACCUGGCAUAGGUCAGUAUGGUUUGGUUCAGCCAAGAGCUGAUCAAUAUGAUUUUGUGCAGCCCGGUGACAGUCAGCUUGGUUUGAUGCAACCUGGAGUAGGUCAAGCUGUUUGGCUGCAGUCUAGAAUGAGUCGUGAUUUAGUACAACCUGGUACCGAUGAGAGUGACUUAGCCCAACGUGGAAUAACUCAACAGGGUUUGGUGCAACCUGGCGUGGCCCGGCAGGGUGUGGUGCAACCUGGCAUGCCCCAGCAGGGUGUGGCACAACCUGGCUUGGCACAGCCUGGAGCACUGAGUAUGGACAGGCUUGGCUUGGCACAGCCUAUAGUGGACCAGAGUGGUUUGGUGCAGCCUGGCAUGGACCAACAUGGCUUGGUACAACCCAGGAUGUACCCGUAUGAUUUUGUGGAACCUUCUGUACUUCAGCGUAACUUCAUGCAGUCCAGAGCAGUUCAGCCUGGGCUGAUGCAGCCCGUCAUGGAUCAGCGUGGCCUGGUGCAGCCUGGUCUAGCUCAGGCUAGGAUGGUACAGCCCAUCGUGGAUCAGAGUAGCUUCAUUCAUCCUGCGCUGAUGCAGCCUGGUACAAGUCAGCGUGGCUUGAUGCAGUCUAUGAUGACCCAGUAUGGCCCGAUGCAGCCUGGAGCAGUUCAACAUGGUUUGGUGCAACCUGGCAUGGACCAGCAGGACUCUCAGCAGCUAGGGGAAGAAAAGCGUGGUUUACUGCAGCCUGGGGCAGGUCAGCCUGGUUUGUUGCAGCCUAGGACAACUGACUCUGACAUGAUGCAGCCUGGGAUAGUUGAGCCUGGUGCAGGCCCUCAGGGUUUGGGUCAGCCUGGUGCAGGCCCUCAGGGUUUGGGUCAGCCUGGUGCGUACAUGCCUAGCUUGGCCCCACCUGGUGGGUAUCUACCCGGUUUUAUUCAACCUGGCAUGUUUCCUCGUGGUAUAUUUCAACCUGCUAUGCUUCCUCGUGGUUUCAGACAACCCAUCCCAACUCAGCCAGACUUCCUAGCGCCAGGCAUAGACUUUAGCUUAACACUGGAGCCUCAGCCACAAUUGCCCCUGAUGUAUCAGGCUCCUGAGCUGCCCCAGAAAGAAGACAAAGCCAGGCAAGAGACACGCCCCGAAGUGGUCCCUCAGAUCCCACCUCAAAAAGCAGAGGCCAUCACAGUUGAAGUUCAGUCAGAACAGGCUGACCUGCGUUACCCUGACCAAGCACGAAGAGUCGAGGCGGACACCCAGGUCACUUGGGAUCUAAGGAGCAAACCUGCCUCUGCCGUACAACUCGGGCCAACUGUCCAAACUACCAAAGAGCAAGUCACCCCUGACUCCAGGACUCAAGACUCCUGGAGCUACCUCCAAACCCCAUCAGUAAGUGAGACCCGUCGGGAGCGGCAGGAGUCCCUGGAGAAACUGGCUCCAAGCUUCCCCAUGGCGGUGGAAACAUUUCGCCUGAUAGGCGAGAUCGUUGCCCUUUACGUGGAACUGAAGGAACAGCUGAAGGACCUGGACGAGGAACAGGCCGGCCAGACCGACUGGGAGAAAAUCCAGUACCUGAUCGCCAGGUUGGUCAAAAAGACCGUACCCCAGGACCUUCCGGAGCAGUUGAAGAACCUAAGGAGCUUGAACAAAGAAGUUCGGCAGGACAAGGCAAAACUGGAGAAGAUACAGAGGUUUCUGGACACUGACAUCACUGGAGGGAAGGACGUGAAACCUAGCCAUCUGAGCUUGCAGCUGGGCAUCCUCAGAGUCACCGUGUCUGACAUCGAGAAAGAGCUGGCUGAGCUGAGAGAGAGCCAGGAUCGAGGGAAGGCCGCCAUGGAGAAUUCUGUCUCUGAGGCCUCUCUCUACCUGCAGGAUCAGUUGGACAAGCUGAGAACCAUCAUUGAGAGCAUGCUGAGCUCCUCUUCCGCACUGCUGUCUCUGAGCAUAACCCCACACAAGUCUCUGGGCACCCUAGUGCCCGGCCAGAUUGACCCUGAGGCCACCUGUCCAGCCUGCAGUCUGGAUGUGAGCCACCAAGUCAGCCUGCUCGUACAACGCUACGAACAGCUGCAGGACAUGGUCACCGGCCUAGCGGCCUCCAGGCCAUCCAAGAAGGCCAAGUUGCAGGGCCAGGAUGAGGAGCUGCUAGGCCACGUGCAGAGUGCCAUCCUGCAGGUCCAGGGCGACUGCGAGAAGCUCAACAUUACCACAAGCAACCUCAUCGAGGACCAUCGGCAGAAGCAGAAGGACAUCGAAGUGCUGUAUCAGGGGAUAGAAAGGCUGGAGAAGGAAAAGGCUAACAGAGAUCACCUGGAGAUGGAGAUUGACGUGAAAGCCGACAAGAGCGCUCUGGCAUCCAAAGUGAGCAGGAUCCAGUUUGAUGCCACCACAGAGCAGCUGAACCACAUGAUGCAGGAACUGGUGGCCAAGAUGAGUGGUCAGGAACAAGACUGGCAGAAACUCCUGGACAAGCUCCUGGCAGAGAUGGACAGCAAGCUGGACCGCCUGGAGUUAGACCCGUUGAAGCAGACGCUGGAGGACCGCUGGAAAUCACUGCGGCAGCAGCUCAAAGAGCGCUCCCCACUCUACCAGGCUGACGAGGCAGCUGCCAUGCGGAGGCAGCUCUUGGCUCAUUUCCACUGCUUGUCGUGUGACCGUCCCUUGGAGACAACUGUGACUGGACAAGUCCUCUCCAUGACCCCCAUAAUUCCGAGCAUGCCAGGGCACCGCUCCGUCCGGCCUUACACUGUGUUUGAACUAGAGCAGAUCCGACAACAGAGCAGAAACCUGAAGCUGGGCAGCAGCUUCCCUCGGGGUGACCUGUCGCAGAUGGAGAAGAGCGUGGGGCGCCUGCGUAGCAUGCACUCCAAGAUGCUGAUGGACAUCGAGAAGGUACAGAUCCACUUCGGCGGGUCCGUGAAGGCCAGCAGUCAGAUGAUCCGAGAGCUGCUACAUUCCCAGUGCCUCAGCCACCCGUGCUACAAACGGGGAGCAGAUACAACAGAUUACACCUACUCGACUGUACCCCGUCGCUGUGGGGGCAGCCACACCCUCACCUACCCCUACCGGAGAAACCGCCCGCAGCACCUGUCUCCUCUGGAGGAGAUCCAGAUAGCUAUGAAGCACGAUGAGGUCGAUAUCCUGGGCCUUGAUGGACACAUCUAUAAGGGACGGAUGGACACACGACUGCCGGGCAUCCUAGGGAAAGACGCCCCAGGAAUGGCGAAACACAACAAGGCUAAGCUCCAGCAGCUGCAGCAGCUCCAGCAGAUGCACCAGAUGCAGCAGCUGCAGCAGCUCCAGCAUGCCCGGCCCCACGUGCACAGGCAGCCAAACAUGGGCAACCUCGGCAUGCCGCCCUCUCGGCCUCAGAGUGCACAGAUGUUAGCUGACAGCAAUGCAGUUCCUUCAGGGCAAAAGAAAGACAGACCAGUCUCUUCUGAGGGGCGUCUCCUGCAGGCGAAUAUCCCCACAGACAUGGGAAGUCUGCCGGGUAGCCAACCCGGGAUGAACCUGCAGAUGGAUAUGCCUCCUGGGGAGGGGAUGGAGGAGCCCACCCGGGGACCACGGUCCACCACUGCUCACUGAACAGACAGAAAUAAACGUUCUU